UAAUUACAAUAAUUAAAUAAUAUAAAUAAGUACCUUAAAAAUAAAUAAAGUGUUGAGCUGAGGGUUAGCCGGUAAAAUAUAUUUUUUAAAAUUCCAUUUUAUAGAAUAAACAAAUUUGUUAUUUAAAUUUUAAAGUAAUUAUGGAAAAUGUACUGUCAGAAUUCAAUCCCCAACAAUUGUUCAAUAAAGUUAUUUCAGAGAGAUUGAAAAUAAAUAACGAACAAAUAAAAACAUGGAACGAUUACAAGAAACGUCACGAAAAAGUAAUCGAAGGAUUGAAAAUUUUACCCGGAGAAUUAUCUACGAAUUGUAUGGUACCCAUUGGGAAACUUGCACUGAUGCAGGGAAAAUUAACUCACACCAAUGAGAUAAUGGUUUGUCUUGGCGAUGGCUACUUUGCCAAAUACACUUCCGCUCAAGCAAUCGCUCUGUGCAAUCGUAGAAUUAAAAAAGCCGAUGAAAUGCUGGAGAAUUUGAACAAAGAGCGUAAUUUGUAUGAAAUGCGCAAAAUGAUUCCCGAUUGCUUUGAUAUAUUUAAUAAUGACGAUAAGCGAGAGUUUAAUGAGCAUUGGGAUGAUAAGAAACUUGAUGAGUGGAGGCGCGAACACAGACAACGUGAGAAAGAGUUCAGACAAAAAUUACGCGAGUCAAAGAAAGACAAAGUUGAAAUAAAAACAGAGGAUGACUUAUUCAAGAGACUUGAUGCCUUAGAACUUCAGGAAGAGCUAGAAGAUGAACUUAAUAGAUUAGAAGAAGAAGAUGACGGUAACACAUUAGAAGACGAUGAGUAUUACGAUGAAUCAGAAGUUGAUUCAGAAUCUUAUUCUUCAGAUUAUUCAGAAGAAGCGACAAAUGAAAUUCACGAAAAAAAAUCAUCUAAAGUAAAUUAUCGGUUGCAAGUAUUAAAUAAUGUAAAUACGGGUAAAUUAAAUAAUUAUGGUACUGAGGACAGGGAACAGGAGAGCCGUAGUAACGACUGUCGGUCAGAAGCUCGGUCGGACGAAAGUCAUAUGGCGACGAAUGCUCACGAAAUAAGUAGUACAAGUAAAGAUUUAAAUUUAUUAGCGGAAUCAAAAAGUGUAGAUGCUAAAAAGCCAGACAAAGUUAAGGUUAAGGAGAAGAAAGUGGCGUUCGCGGAGCCCCAGGUUAAAUAUUUCAGCAACGAAGAAGAGAUGGAGGUCAGCACGGACAAGAGACGCAUUUCGGUUAUCGAACAAAGACUGUACGAAUACUCUAAAGAGGACGAUGACUCCGAGGAUGAGAGCGAUGAAGACGAUACCAUCAGAAUUUAUUUCAAACACUCUGAUAGCGUGCCCAGUAUACCAGUGUCCGAAGGGGACGAAAUAGUAACUCCCCGAGAUAUUUAUAAGACGAUUCCUGGGCCUAAAUCUAUCCUGAAAAAGACGCCUGAUUUUAAUAAGAAUAGUUGUGAUAAGAAUAGUAUUAAUGAUAAACAAACUCUGACAAAUGAUCUCGUUGGGGAGAGCGACGAAGACCUCGAGCACGGCUCUGUUUAUAAUAAUGUUGUUAGAGAGAUUAAAGAACAUGUGCCAGAUGAAGUAGUUAAAGUUGAGGAGGUCGCUGUUAAACCUGUUGAUGAGCCAAGGCAGACAAAACCAGUUAGCAAAUUCAAAUUGGAAAGAGCUGGACUCAGGAAAUAAUAAAUAUGAUCAUAUUAAUUACGGGUAUUGGAUCUGUUUCUUUAUCGAUUUUACUGAAAAUAAACGGACUAUUUUUUUCUCCUGUUUUCGAACUUUUAAAAAAAUUUUUUUUUUUUAUUUUGACUGAAUGCUAUCUCAUUUGUGGUAAAUAAAUUUUUCUAUUUCCUUGUUCAAUCAGAGUUUUCGGGAAGUUUACGGUUUCCGUGGUGCCACCAAAUGACUGCAAAUUCUUGUCGAACUCCACGAAAUAGGACUUUUUUUCAAAUAGCUGUAACUUCUUCAAAAAUAGACUAAUUCAGACGUUUUUCUUUUUUUUUUUUUUUUUUUUUUUUUCAAAAUUUUCCUCUUUAAAUCUUUUUUCCUUUACUUUUAUGUCUGACAAGACUUCUCUGAAUCCUAGACAAAUCUACAUUCUGGGUUAAAAUAUAAAAAAAAAAAGAGACAAACUGAAUUUUUCGAUCGUAAAGCACACUCUCAUGAUUCGUAUUAAGAGUCGAGCAAUUAAAGACAUUGAAAUCUAUAAAAUUUUUUACUUUUGACAAAAAAUCGCAUUUUUCUCGAAAACUAAGCGAGAUAUCAAAAAAAUGAUUAAUCAGGGAUUAAAUUAUAAAGACGGAAAAAAAUGUUUAUACCUACGAAUUAAAAUGUGUAAUUAUGCUGUCUGUUACAAGUAUUAAUUAACUAAAGAAAAUUUUUUUUAUUAGUAAUGAAAUUUUUCUUGGGCAUACUAGAGUAUUUACUCAGCCCACCUGUUAAAUAUUGGCUCUUUACUUGAAUACUCAUUUAUUUUGUUAACUGGCGUUGUUUGAAGCCCAGUAUUUGAGGAGAUUACCAAGUUAGCGUAGUGAAUUAACUGGGAUUUUCAAAACUCAAUAGUUGGAAUACAAUUGUACUGCAAGAGAAAACGUUAAAAGUUAUAUAUAUAAUCCAACACUGCCUUGUUAUUGAUAGAGAUUUUCAGUAAAAUCGCUUCUGACAGAUUCGAAACUCCUCAUUAUAUUAAUAAAUUGAAUUUAUUAAUUACAUUUAUGAGAUUGUAUAUUUUAUUUUUUUUUUUCGUCUUUUAUUAUUUAAGAUAAUUAUAUUUUUAUU